CGUGGUUACCUACGAGUAGUGUAUUUUUAAAUUAAACUUCCUAUUCAUAAUGCUAUUACCAUCACUUGCGCGUCUAGCGUACGGCUGUAAUGCCAAAAGGCUGCUCCGAAUUCCCAGAUCAGUGCCGGCGCCGGUACGGUUCAUAGGUCGUAAUCAAAAUGCGGAUGCAGCCCGUAAGCACAGGAUUCGUACCACCCUUUACUAUGUGACCGCGGCCGGUGUCUUGACCGCUGGAAUGAGCUAUGCUGCCGUUCCUCUAUAUCGGAUGUUCUGCCAGGCAUACAGUUACGGUGGAACCACUAGUCAAGGGCACGAUGCAGACAAAGUGGAAACGAUGCAACGGGUCAAGGAUCGGGUGAUCAAAAUUCGGUUCAAUGCCGAUCUGGGAGCUGCGAUGCGGUGGAAUUUCAAGCCACAACAACCGGAGAUUAAUGUCGUUCCUGGCGAAACGGCACUGGCUUUCUACACGGCCAAAAAUCCUUCAGACCAACCAGUGAUAGGAAUCAGCACGUACAAUGUGGUUCCGUUUGAGGCAGGAGCUUAUUUUAAUAAAAUUCAAUGCUUCUGCUUCGAAGAACAGCAGCUCAAUCCGCACGAAGAGGUGGACAUGCCCGUGUUCUUCUAUAUUGAUCCCGAGAUUAUGGACGAUCCCAGGAUGGAACUGGUGGACUCCAUUACGUUAUCAUACACGUUUUUCGAAGCAAAAGAAGGAAUCAACUUUCAAAUGCCAGUUUAUGCUAAGAAACAUGGUGCAUAAUAAAUUUUAUUAGGUAUAUUUAUCGUUGAA